UUUUUUAUACUCCUAUCUUAAUUUCGUCCAUCCCCCUUUUAUUCUUCGCUAUCUUUUUUAUUCACUUCUCUUAUUCAGCUUUUCUUCAAUUACAUGCUUCUUUCUUAAUUUUACUUUUGCUAAAACUUAAAAAAAUAUUUAUUCUGAUUUUUAAUUAUUCUGAUUUUUAAUUAUAAAUUCUGGUUGUUUUAAUUUAAUUCUGGUUUUAUUUAGGUUGGUUUAAAAAUUUUUAAGUGGUUUUUUAAAAAUUCCAUAUCUCGGUUAAAAUACGUUAAAAUAAGUUUUUAUCCGUCAAUUUUAUGGAGAGUACCUUACUUAAUAAUUGUGAAAAAAUUCAGCUUUCCCGACACGAUACAAAAAAUUUUCUCACGUCAGUAAAUUUUCAGAUAAUAAAAAAUGUCAGAUGCAAAUAAAUCAAAUUAUUUUCGAGAAUUAAACAGAAAAGGAGUUGAAAAAAGGCAGAAAAAAAAGAAACCCAAUCGAAUCGCACGAAAAAAGCAACUAUAUCCCGUUGGUCCUCUUCUGUCAUCGGGAGUUCUCCAUCAAUGAAUGCCUCAAAUAAUUCCAUUACUGCUGUUUCUUCAUCUACUAAUUCAAUUAUUGGACUGGAGGAACCUUGUCACUCUAAAAUUUCAACAAAUUUUGAAACCCCGGUUUUGGAAAAUUCUUCAACGAAGUUGUCUGACUCAACAUCUGAUCUUGUCAAAAAAAAUUUUUUCGACUCGUUACCAAAGAGUGGAGCAGAUAAAGACGAUACUCCCCGUAUUAUUAUUCAAAACAAAACUCUUCAAGAAAUUAAAACUGAAUUAAUACGUCUAUUUUUAGCUAUUCAAGAACUUAGUCAUUCUGUUGUUGGCCAAAAUUCAUUUAGAUUGGAAUACAAAAAGUUAACUUAUGUUAGAUCUUCACAAACUGUAAAAUUUCAAGGUUUUAAGUUUGAAAUCAUUUUCAUUUAUGAAGUUAAUUAUUUUAGUUGAUAUUCUAACACCUCCAAAUAAACGAAGAGAUUCUCAAAAAAUAACUGAUUUUUAUGUUGUUCAAUUUACUUUGAUUUCUGGUAGAUUUCUUUAAAUUUUAUUUUAAUUCUGUUCUAGGACCACUUCGAAGAUUCCGUCGAUUAUUCGAACAUUUUUCUACUGUUCUCAAAAGCUCACAAAGGUCUUCCUCUCCUUCUGUUUACCCUCGUAAAAUUUCUUCAACAUUAUCGUUUGACUCUGAUGAAGCUCACUCAGUGGAUAUGCAAAUGUCUGAUCAAUUAAGUACACUUUCUUUCUCCCCUUCCAACCGUAUUAGAUCUCGUAAAGGUGAUAAAUUUAAUUAUUUUAUUGGAUUUUUAUUUUUGAUUGUAUUUUUUGUUAAGCUUCUCUUCAUAAACCCGUUUCACCAAAUCAACAGAAGGGUUCCACUUCUUAUCAGAACUCAUUGAACUUUUGUAUUUUUUGUUCAGCUUCAAAAAUAAGACAUGGUAGAAGACAUUUUUCCACACGUUUGUGCAAUUUUUACUCCUUUUACAACAAUUUAACUAACUGGUCAAUUGCGUUUGAACAGGUUACAAAUCGAGCAAUAAGUAUUAAUACAAAAGAGUUAACAAGUAUGAUUACAACACCAAAAGGAGAAUCUAUGGUACCUAACACAUUUAUAAUUAGAAAUCAGAAUGGAAAAGAAAUUUUUUCAGGUUUACAUAUGCAGGAAAGGAUUGGAUUUUAAUGAUUUAGUCUACGUGGGCACAACAAAAAAUUUCAAAAACAGAAUUAGCAGUCAUCAAGGAGACAAAAGUAGAACCAUUUGGAGACAAUCGGAGAAAAAAAAUAUCAACAUUAAAAAUUUACAACAAGCUAUUUUAAUGCAAAACCUGUCACAUGAAAAUGCCCUUUUUUUGGGCUCUUUUGAUUUUAUCGGACAACCAAUCCAACCUAUUCAACAAAAGUCC